AUGACCAUGGCUGGACCAGAAUCACAAAUGGAAAAGACGAAACAGACUUUCGUGCAGAAGUUCAGAGCAUGGGGAGAAAACCCAUUCCCACCAACUCUUCUUGCAACUCUCAUCACUGCACAAUAUAUGCGCCCGUUUCAGGCACUACCGAUGCUCUUCCCCCCAGUCCUCCUCUUCACCAGCUACGCGAAUGUUUCUGGCUUCAAGACAGACAGCGCGGGGAUAAGUGCCGCCUGGUCAGGUCUCUAUCUACUGCUCGCAGGGCGUCGGAGACAGCCGUUCAUGAAGAAAUGGGGCGCGCGCGGCAUCACGCGGGGGGCGACCAUGGGAUUGUCUCUGGUCAAUAUGGUUGGUGGGGGCCUGGCUUACACAUUGGGAAAGAGGGAGGAUGAGGAUGAUGAUUGA